GAGCCCAGGGUGAGCAAUGCUGGAGAGACAGUCCCAACUCCUGUAGUGUGCGUGACAUUUAUAUACUCUUUUUUUCUCUUUCUGGGAUCUGAGCCUGCCCAGACCUGGAAGAAGUACAAAGUGAUUAAUUGGUUUCCUUGUGGAAUCUGGGCAGUGGCAAUCCCAGCCCCUCCUCACUGGUGGUUGGCAGAAAUAAAUGAAGCUGGAGCCGCGCCUUCCAUUUGGCUUGCAGUCAGGAAAAGGAAGGAAAGCCAGCCAGCUUAGCCAGGACUGUAAACGGAGAUGGACCCCAAACGUACUCACUCUGUGAAACUGAAUGAUGGGCACUGCAUGCCUGUGCUUGGAUUUGGCACUCUUGCUUCGGAAGGUGUUCCUAAGAGCAAGGCUGCUGAGGCAACCAAAGUGGCAAUCGAUGUAGGUUUCCGUCACAUUGAUGCAGCAUAUGUCUAUGAAAAUGAGGAGGAGGUCGGCAAGGCACUUCGAGAGAAGAUUGCGGAUGGCACUGUGAAGAGAGAGGACCUAUUCUACACCACCAAGCUUUGGUGUACUUUCUUUCGACCAGAAUUGGUUCGACCUGCCCUGGAGAGAUCACUGAAGAAACUUCAACUGGACUACGUAGAUCUAUUCAUCAUUCAUGUGCCAAUACCUAUGAAGCCUGGAGAGGAGCUUAUGCCUAAAGAUGCCAAUGGGAAAAUUAUUUUAGAGACAGUGGACCUGCGUGACACCUGGGAGGCUCUGGAGAAGUGUAAGGAUGCAGGUUUAACCAGGUCCAUUGGGGUGUCCAAUUUCAAUCACAAACUGCUGGAGAUGAUCCUGAACAAGCCAGGCCUCAAGUACAAGCCUGUCUGCAACCAGGUGGAAUGUCACCCGUAUCUCAACCAGAGCAAACUCUUGGAAUUCUGCAAGUCCAAGGACAUUGUUCUUGUUGCCUACAGUGCCCUGGGGUCCCAAAAAGACCCAAACUGGGUGGAAAAGGAUAGCCCCGCUCUCUUGGAGGAGCCGAUCUUGAAGACCAUUGCCAAGAAACACAAUAGAAGUCCAGGGCAGGUGGCCCUGCGUUACCAAGUGCAGCGAGGGGUAGUGGUCCUGGCCAAGAGCUUCAAUGAGAAGAGAAUCAAAGAGAACUUCGAGGUACAGGCUGGUCACUGUCUCUCCAGAGUGGGGAAUGGGUGCUGUACUAGGGGCCAUCUCUCUUGCCUUUCAGCACGUACCCAUGUUCAUUUCUUCCCAUGCAUGUCUCCCUGUCCCUCCAUGCGGGUGCAGACGGUCAGCGUUCCUUCUCUGACAGCAGCGCUCCUGGACCCUGUGCGCCCUGCAGCUGUGGCUUUUGAGAUGCCCAUCAGACGCUAA